CACUGGGAAGGGAGUUAGCAGCAACAAUAUGGCGACAGCCGCAGUUUCUCCCGAAUCUUUUGGACAUCUGCAGUUCAGUGCCGGCUGUCUGGAUUUCUGUUAAUGCGGGAAAAAGCCGGAUGUCCUGAAUGAAAUUUAAAUAAAGCGGAAAUAUCUGUAGGAUGAAAACAUGGCCGCGCCCGGUCUCGCACCCCCAGGACCUGACAGCUUCAAGCAGUUCACCCCCGAGUCGCUCCGUAAUAUCGAGGAGCGCCAAUUCCAGGAGAAGAUCAAGAAGAAGCCCAAGCCCAAGUCGGACAGCAGUCACCGCGAGGAAGAAGAGGAAGAACCCAUGCCCAACGGUGAUCUGGAGGCUGGGAAGUCCCUUCCCUUCAUCUACGGGGACAUUCCUAAUGGGCUGGUGGCGGUACCACUGGAGGACUUGGACCCCUAUUAUAUGAAUGAGAAAACGUUUAUAGUCCUAAACAAAGGGAAAACAAUUUUCCGCUUCCACGCCACGGACUCCUUGUACGUCAUCAGCCCUUUUAGUCUCUUUAGGCGAAUAGCAAUUAAGAUUUUGAUACACUCAUAUCCUUUCAAUAUGAUCAUCAUGAGCACCAUUUUGACCAACUGUGUUUUCAUGACGUUUAGUGAUCCUCCAGAAUGGAACAAGAUAGUAGAGUAUACCUUCACAGGUAUCUACACCUUCGAAUCGCUUACCAAGAUUGUGGCGCGAGGCUUUUGUAUAGACGGGUUCACUUUUCUACGAGAUCCAUGGAACUGGCUGGACUUCAUGGUGAUCUCUAUGGCAUAUGUAACAGAAUUUGUGGACCUGGGGAAUGUCUCGGCGCUGAGAACGUUCAGGGUUCUCCGAGCAUUGAAAACUAUUUCAGUCAUUCCAGGACUCAAGACCAUCGUCGGUGCUCUAGUUCAAUCGGUGAAGAAAUUGUCAGACGUUAUGAUCCUCACGGUCUUCUGUCUCAGUGUCUUCGCCUUGAUUGGACUACAGCUCUUCAUGGGCAACCUGCGGCAGAAAUGUGUCAUCUGGCCAAUCAACUCCACUGAGAACUUCCUGGCCAAUGGCAGUAAGGGCUUCGACUGGAACGAAUACAUCAUGAGCGAGAGGAAUUUCUAUUUCAUUCCUGGGCAGCUGGAUGCUCUACUGUGUGGAAACAGCUCGGACUCAGGGCGGUGCCCUGAGGGCUACACGUGUAUGAAGGCCGGGAGAAACCCAAACUACGGGUACACCAGCUUUGACAGCUUCGGCUGGGCCUUCCUCACUCUCUUCCGCCUCAUGACCCAAGACUUCUGGGAGAACCUCUACAUGCUGACACUGCGAGCGGCAGGGAAAACCUACAUGAUUUUCUUUGUGUUGGUGAUCUUCGUUGGAUCCUUCUACCUGGUUAAUCUGAUUCUGGCUGUGGUGGCCAUGGCCUAUGAGGAGCAGAACCAGGCGACGAUAGAGGAGGCCGAGCAGAAAGAGGCAGAGUUCAAAGCCAUGCUGGAGCAGAUCAAGAACCAGCAAGAGGAUGCACAGGCUGCUGCCAUGGCGACCUCGGCGGGCAUGGUGUCGGAGGCCGACGGGGUGGAGGGGGGCGAUGCAACAGAGGGUGGAGGUCACCUAUCCCGUAGCUCCUCUGAUGCAUCCAAGCUUAGCUCCAAGAGCGCCAAGGAUCGACGCAAUCGCAAGAAGAAGUCUCGUCAGAAGGAGGAGGAGAAGAAAGAGAAGGGGGAGAAAGGCGAGAAGGUCGACCACGAGAAGCACGUUAAGUCCGAGUCGGACGAUGGCAGCAGGAGGAGCAUCUUCCGUUUCCCAGGCAACCGGCUGGGACGCAAGUCGUCCAUCAUGAACCAGUCUCUCCUCUCCAUCCCGGGCUCGCCCUUCAUGUCGCGCCACAACAGCCGCAGCAGCAUCUUCAGCUUCAACAAGGGCCGCCCACCCAAGGACGUGGGCUCGGAGAACGAGUUUGCCGACGACGAGCACAGCACGGUGGAGGAGAGUGAGGACCGCCGGGGCUCCCUGUUCAUCCCCUACCGCCGCAGCAGCUACAGCGGCUACAGCCAGGGCUCAUCGCGCCUCAUCAACCCACUAGCGCCCCACAUUGGAGGGAAGAGGAACAGCACGGUGGACUGCAAUGGCGUAGUGUCACUCAUCGCUCACCAGCCCGGCGGGAGCCUUCUGCCUGAGACCACAGAGGUGGAGGGGAAGAAGAAACACUCAGGCUCCCUGAUGGUCUCUGUGGACCAGCUCAGCCGCAACAAGGACCGGACCAACAGUGUGAUGAGCGUGGCGACACAUACACACUCACAUACUCUGCUGGAGGAGCUAGAAGAUUCUCAAAGGGCAUGUCCAUCAUGGUGGUAUAAGUUUGCCAACCUCUUCUGUGUGUGGGACUGCUUUCCCUUCUGGCUGAAGAUCAAGUAUGUGCUCAACCUGAUCGUCAUGGACCCUUUUGUAGAUCUGGCCGUCACCAUCUGUAUCGUCCUCAACACCCUCUUCAUGGCCAUGGAGCACUACCCCAUGACUCCUCGCUUUGAUGAGACGCUGUCAGUGGGCAAUCUGGUUUUCACUGGUAUCUUUGCUGGUGAGAUGUUUGCCAAGCUGGCUGCCAUGGAUCCAUACUACUACUUCCAGGAAGGCUGGAAUUGUUUUGACAGCUUCAUCGUGACCCUCAGUUUAGUCGAGCUGGUAUUGGCUGACAUUGAGGGUCUGUCUGUGCUCAGGUCAUUCCGAUUGCUGAGAGUGUUUAAGCUGGCCAAGUCGUGGCCCACACUCAACAUGCUCAUCAAAAUCAUUCACUCUUCUGUGGGAGCCCUGGGAAACUUGACCUUGGUGCUGGCCCUUAUCGUCUUCAUCUUCGCCGUGGUUGGCAUGCAACUGUUUGGAAAGAACUACAAGGACUGUGUUUGUAAGAUCGCAAUAAGCUGUAAGCUGCCCCGUUGGCACAUGAAUGACUUCUUUCACUCAUUUCUCAUGGUGUUUCGGGUUCUGUGCGGGGAGUGGAUCGAGUCCAUGUGGGACUGCAUGGAGGUGGCCGGCCAGAACAUGUGCAUGAUCGUCUUCUUGAUGGUCAUGGUCAUAGGCAACUUGGUGGUGUUGAACCUGUUCCUUGCCUUGUUGCUGAGCUCGUUCAGCGCAGACAACCUGGCACCCUCAGACGAUGACGGAGAACAGAACAACCUGCAAAUAGCCGUCGGUCGAAUAAAGACGGGGAUUGCCUGGGCCAAGGUCUUUGUAGCCGAGGUUAUGAAGAAGGAGGAGGAAGAAGCAGAGGAUGAGCAGAAGCAUCUUGAUGAGUUUGACGAGAAGCUUAACUGCAUCGCGAACCAGAAGGGCAUAGACAUCAACCGCGAGCUGGACUACAUCAAUGGCACUACCAGUGGUAUUGGCAGCAGCGUGGGCAAGUACAUGAUCGACGAGGACCACAUGUCCUUCAUCCACAAUCCUAACCUGACCGUGUGUGUUCCCAUUGCGGUCGGGGAGUCAGAUUUCGAUAACCUCAACACAGAGGACUUCAGCAGCGAGUCGGAUGUGGAGAACAGCAAAGACCUGGAUGACACUAGCUCUUCGGAGGGCAGCACCAUAGACAUCAAGCCUGACGUGGAGGAAGUGGUGGUGGUGGAGGUUGUGGAGGAGUUCCUGGACCCAGAUGCCUGCUGGACAGAUGAAUGUGUUGCCAAGUACACGUUUUUGUACUUGCCCAUCGACCAUGGCUGGGGGAAGCAUUGGUGGUUCCUGAGAAAGACAAGCUACCUGAUUGUGGAGCAUAACUGGUUUGAGACCGUCAUCAUCUUCAUGAUCCUUCUCAGUAGCGGGGCGUUGGCCUUUGAGGAUGUGUACAUAAAUAAGAGGAAGACCAUUAAGAUUAUCCUGGAGUAUGCAGACAGCGUGUUCACCUAUAUCUUCAUCCUGGAGAUGGUGCUCAAAUGGGUGGCCUAUGGCUGGGUCAAAUACUUCACCAACGCCUGGUGUUGGCUGGACUUCUUCAUUGUGGAUGUGUCUAUAAUCACUCUUAUAGCUAAUGCGAUGGGCUACUCCGAUCUAGGGCCCGUUAAAUCACUACGGACAUUGAGGGCAUUGAGGCCCCUUAGGGCCCUGUCUCGUUUUGAAGGGAUGAGGGUGGUGGUGAAUGCCUUGGUGGGAGCCAUCCCCUCCAUCAUGAAUGUGCUGCUGGUGUGCCUCAUCUUCUGGCUCAUCUUCAGUAUCAUGGGGGUCAACCUGUUUGCAGGGAAGUAUUACUACUGCUUCAACGAGACCUCAGAGGAGAACUUUAAACCGGACGUCGUCAACAACAAGACAGAGUGCUUUGCACUAAUCAACGCAAAUUACAGUGAGGUCAGAUGGAAGAAUGUCAAGAUUAACUUUGACAAUGUGGCUGCAGGAUACCUGGCACUUCUUCAAGUGGCCACGUUUAAAGGCUGGAUGGACAUAAUGUAUGCUGCCAUUGAUUCUCGGAAGGUGGAGGAUCAGCCGAUCUAUGAAGACAACAUCUACAUGUAUAUCUACUUUGUUGCCUUCAUCAUCUUUGGCUCUUUCUUUACCCUCAAUCUCUUCAUUGGUGUCAUCAUUGACAACUUUAACCAGCAAAAGAAAAAGUUUGGAGGUCAGGAUAUAUUCAUGACAGAGGAGCAGAAGAAAUACCACACUGCCAUGAAAAAACUUGGCUCAAAAAAACCACAAAAACCUAUACCAAGACCAUUGAAUAACUUUCAGGGCCUGGUAUUUGACUUCGUAACGCAGCAGGUGUUUGAUAUAUCUAUUAUGAUGUUGAUCUGCCUCAACAUGGUGACCAUGAUGGUGGAGACGGACGAUCAGUCAGAAGAAACUGACAACAUCCUCUACUGGGUCAACUUUGUCUUUAUUGUUAUUUUUACUACUGAGUUUGUGUUAAAGCUCUUUGCCCUUCGGCACUACUACUUCACCAUUGGGUGGAACAUCUUUGACGUGGUCGUGGUCAUUCUCUCAAUUGUUGGCAUGUUCCUCGCAGAUAUCAUUGAGAAGUACUUUGUCUCUCCAACCCUCUUCAGGGUGAUCCGACUGGCCCGAAUCGGCAGAAUCCUGCGUCUGAUCAAAGGGGCCAAGGGCAUUCGGACUUUACUGUUUGCUCUGAUGAUGUCACUUCCUGCCCUGUUCAACAUCGGGUUGUUACUCUUCCUGGUUAUGUUCAUCUUCUCUAUCUUUGGCAUGUCUAACUUUGGCUAUGUCAAGCAUGGGGCAGGAAUCGACGACAUGUACAACUUUGAGACAUUUGGCAACAGCAUGAUCUGCCUGUUUAUGAUCACUACGUCUGCCGGCUGGGACGGUUUGUUGUUACCCAUCCUCAACUACCCACCAGACUGUGACCCACAACUGGAGAACCCAGGUGCACCAAAUACGGGUGACUGCGGCAACCCCUCAGUUGGGAUUUUCUUUUUUGUCAUGUAUAUUAUCGUCUCCUUCCUAAUCGUGGUCAACAUGUACAUUGCCAUUAUCCUUGAGAACUUCGGCGUUGCGACUGAAGAGAGUGCCGACCCGCUCAGCGAAGACGACUUCACGACCUUCUACGAAAUAUGGGAGAAGUUCGACCCAGACGCCUCGCAGUUCAUCACCUAUGGCAAGCUUGGAGACUUUGCAGACUACCUCGAGCACCCGCUCCGUGUUCCAAAGCCCAACACCAUCGAGCUGAUCUCCAUGGACUUGCCCAUGGUGAGCGGGGACCGGAUACACUGCCUCGACAUUCUGUUUGCAUUCACCAAACGGGUACUAGGCGAUACCGGAGAGCUGGACAUGCUGAGGGAUCAAAUGGAACAACGCUUUAUUGCGGCGAACCCGUCCAAAGUGUCUUAUGAACCCAUUACCACUACUCUGAGGCGCAAGCAGGAGGACGUGUCGGCCAAAAUCAUACAGCAGGCCUACCGAAACUACCUGGCUAGACGCGGCUUCAAACGCAAGCGCAGACCUGCCAGUAACAAUAAUGUGAAGAAUGGGGGGACGAAUCCGGAAAAGGAAAAGAAGGAGGGCACGCCCUCCACUGCCUCUCUCCCCUCCUAUGACAGUGUAACCAAACCUGACAAGGAAAAACAGGAUGAGAACGAAGGAAAGGGAGGGAAGAAGGAGGCCAGAAACCAAAAAGCCGUCAGGGAAUCUAAGUGUUAGAAUAUCGUAAUAAUAAUAACAGUAAUAAUUAUUAUAAUAAUAUAACUUCAAACAAAGCGAGAGGAAACCAUCUAAUCCACAGAUGUACAGAUUAUUUCAUUUGCAAGUAAGAAAAAUAAUAAUAUUAAUAAUUUUGUUUACAGACUUCAUACUAUUGAUGCAGAGUGAAGCAGCUCAGUCUCUUACAGCUUGAAGACACUUGAACUUGAUUUAAUCUAAAAAACCAGACUGUCUGACAUUGUUGCAUCUAGACCACUGAUCUUAACAAAAGGGAAUGAAAAACAGACAAAAUAUGGAAGAAAUGUCUUUGUUUGCAAAAGGGCAGAUAGUGGACUACACAUAAGGAACAGAACUCUUCACUAAGAGGAAUGAAUGAGAAACGCUGAUAAGGGAUUUAAUGUGUGGGAUUCCCGCCAGCAAUGGAUUCCCAUGGAAAUACAGUGCUAUGCAGGAAAAACAUGGAAAUACUGCUGGACUUGAAGAAUCAUCUUCCAAAAGCAGCCAGAAGGGCCUCUGUAUCAUUUAAUUUAGACAUUCAUGGAGGACAUUUAUGGACAUUAUCACUCUGUAUGAAGAAACAGAAGAACGGCUGAGAAGAGAAUAACAAAGACCCAGAGUAGCCUAAUGUAAGGUUUUUUUAUUUGGUUUGUUAAUGCUGAAUAUACUUGUAUCUCCACAUCAUUUGAGUGGCAAAAAAAAGCAAAAAGGUACAAAACAAAAACAACAAACAUUUUCACUUAACUCUUCUUCUCAUUCUAUCUUUGUUAUAUCCACAUCAAAAGGCUUUUUCUACAUGGGCUUUCACAUCGAUUGGUUAAGGGGCUGUUUAUUAAGGAGUUAUCUUGGGCCAAGGGCUUACAUUUACUCAGUCAGAUUUCCAAACAAAUACAUAAAUAAUUGUGCUUGUUCAGUGCAUAGUAAUUACUUGCAUGAUGGCAUGUUUUGAUCAGAAAUCUUGCAUGAAUAAUCAUAGUCCACAAGACACUAAUACUCAGAACACAACAGUGGCUCGAUUAUAGGUUUGAGGUUGUCCACUGUCAAAAAUUCAAAGUUAGAAGUAAAUCAUUUGUAUUAUGAUGAGAAACUUUGUGUCGAAUGAAUACCAACGUUGUGGAUUUUAUUAGGAGAAAUGCAAACUAAUUGUAUUGCUGCUAUGGGAUGCAGAAGAGAUGGGAUUGGAUGUCUGUGUGUAUUUGGUGGAUUGUUUUAAGAGAAAACAAUUAUAAUGUAAAUCUUAAAAAGCUUAUAUUUAUCAUUUGUAUGCAGCAAUAUCACUUACCUAAUUGACCAUGCCAUCUGCCUUUGUUUUUGUGUUGGACGAGGGCAUUGUGGGAGUGUCUACGUUGGUAGGGAAUUGACAGGUGUAGCAAGCUAGUUUUGAUUUCAGAUUUUUCUCUAAGGCCAAUUUAGACUGUUCUACAAGGUUUGAGUGAGGAAAGAAUGUUGUGUUUGUUUCCAAUAACUGCUGUGUUUUAUUUCUUUACCAUGUGCUGAUUCAUUUGUACAUGUUGUGAUGGUUUACUAGUUUAUAUCAUUUUAACAUGUAUUUUCCGACAUAACUACGAGGGAGUUAAUAUUGGGCUAGGAAAUGAGAGAGAAAUAUAAAUUGGUGUAUAGGGUUAAUUAUAGGAGGAGAAGCCAAAGAGACCUGCCUUGUUACUCAUGGUCACCCUUUGUCCUUGGAAUGGGAGUGGGUGAACAGUGCCCCCCUGCUGCCUCUUCUGUUCUUCGCUGUCAUUGUUAGACCGAGAGACCCUAGAAAUAUACGCAAUGCUUGAAGAGUUCACCCCUUAAUCUCAGGAGAUAUUACAGAUGUAUUAUAAUGAGCUCUGCAACUAAUUGCAAGUGAAAGUGAUGAUGAGAGUACUUAUGAAAACGCAUUUUCCUGUGAUUUGGUGUGAUAUUAUGCCACGCUGUUGGACAAUGGUCUCGGCUGGCAAUAGCUCAGGCAGUCAGUCUGUCAGAGGCCAUCCUUAAAAAAACAUUUCGAAAUAUAGGGCAAGAAGCAUCUCUUGAAACGACAACAUUUUGCUCGCUUGUAAGGGCAGUGUUUGAAAAGGUAGUGGAUUAUAUUUGUGGUUUUGUAGCUUUGGACUUAGGUCAGGUCUAAAUAAAAUAUAACAAUAAUACUGCUCAACCCAAAAGCAAUCAGAGGUACUUAGGACCCCUGUGAGGAGAUGUCAUGAGAGGUAAUAUGGAUUUGUUUGUUUGAGCAGCACACUAAAUUCUGUCAGAGGCAAACAGUAUGUGAGCAAUGGAGAGUAGGCCCCAUAAUACAAUAUUUGUGAAAAAUGUGCUCCAAAACCCCUCAUCAGCCAUUCACUCCACUUACGUAGAAAGCAUACCACGUAACAAAUACCAAAUAAUGAACAGAGCAGACCCCAGGAAGAGUCACUGCUGCCUUGGCAACAGCUAAUGUGGAUCCUAAUAAAAAUACUAAAGGUACUACACCCAAGCUUUUGCACGUUCUGGUGUGCAGUGAUGUCACUUCCUAUUAAUUAAUAAAUCCCCUUCUCAAGUUUUAUAGUCCAGUUGCUGCAUGAGAGCUCCAAAAUCAUUGUGGGUGUUCACUUGAACCAAAUAAAACUCUGAAUGACAAGCAUAAAAGCUACUGCCUUCCAUUUUUUCUCCAUGCCCAUCAAGGAUAUACAUGUAUAGAUGUGUAAACAGAACAAAUAAAAAAUAUUACAUACAUCCAUUUGAAAAAAAUCUAUAAAAAAAUAAAUCUACAGUUCAGGCUAUGUUAUAAAUGGCACAAAUUGCUGAAAAGUAACGAAUGAACUUUUUAAUAGACUAUAAAUAAUGUAAUAUAUCAUUUUAUGCGUGCAUGCACAUGCGCCUUUUUUUGUAAAUAAAGAAAUACUUACAAAAUGACUGCUAUUAAUCUAAUAAGAAAUAUGAUACCCAUAAAAGAAUGGCUUCCAGCUGACACACUUUGUCACACUUGUUAGACUGUGACACAUUUGUUAGAUGGAGUAGAUUUUUGGAGUCACUUUUCACAUUAAAGAAGGAAGUAACUAAACAAAUCAAUAUUAAAUAGCAAAAACUAUAUGAAAAUCUCUAUAUAAAUUAAUACAUAUAUAGAGCUAUACUACAUAUACAUAUAGUUCUAAUAUAUAUAUAUAUUAGAACUAUGUGCUCAAUUCUCUCUUCCACUCCUUGUAUUAAGGACAAUGCAGUACCACAGACUGUAAUAGCUCACGUUUAAUUUUUGCGUGCAAUAUGUUCAGUGAAUGACCAAAACUCUGGCCUGCCCAGGAUCUCAAUGUACUGGGGACCAGCAUACAAUGCAUGGUAUUGUAUUGGCUGCUUGCUGAGGAUUGUGUAGCCUGCGUUGGUGAGAGGAUUGCACUACCAGCACACCCUUUUGUACAUGUGUGAAGAUGUCUUGCCCACAACUUCAUCUAUCUCUUCCCACUGAAUAUAAACACACAUACACAUACGUACUGUACUGUACACACACACUUUCUAUCCUGAUACAAGCUGGUGCUGGCAGGUCAGUAUGCCCCAGUAUCCUGAGCCUCAGGUCGCCUAGUGUGACAGCAUUUUGAUCGUUUCAGCUCUGACCUUCCUCCAUGUUCACCCUAAACACACACCAGUGCAGUUUGGAUUUAACAUUUCAUUUGGUUGUUAUUUUUUGAACGAUGUAUCCGAUCAUUUCAAGUUUUAUUGUCUUUCUUGUCUGUGUUUGUUUCUUGGUGCAAUAUCUUUUAAUGGCAUGUGCCUUUUAGCAGCCUAUUUAGACUUGAAUUAUUUAUUUGAAAGAGGAUAUCUCCAAACCCAUGGGUUUAGCGAAUCAAAAUGAAGCACGACAAAAACCAUGGAUUGCCAAAACAUUUCAAAAAUAACCAAUAAACUCGGAAACAACGUCACCUAGACUAGAUCAACUGAAUUAACAUCACAUAGAGUCAUCUAGUACAAAUGCUCUUUGUAUUCUGUUCGAUGAUCAUUUACCUGGUAAGAGAGCUUGCCUUCUGUUUUAGACUUGGGUUCAAUUCUGUUGUGGAUUUAUGAAUUGAUUUAUGUAGCCUUUAUUUUGUUAGCAUGACUGAGAUCUGUUAUUUAGUAUUUUUUGCCGAUUUGUUGUUGUUUUUCUUUAAAGCUUUUUGACUGUCGUUAUCUCUUGCCACUAAUACAGUCAGAGAAAGGACCGUGUGUUGCACAAUCACUUGGGACUUUAAGUGAGAAUCAGUGAAAGAUUGUCUUCAUUUGAGCACGAAUCUAUUCCCAAACAAUAAAGCAGCCUUCCAGUUAUGCUUCA